AUGCCCAUGCCAAAGACCACCAAGACCUACCGUCUCCGCUCCUUCGACAAGGAUCUCGGCGGUCUGGUCCUCGACGACGUCCCGCUGCCCGAUGCCCUCGGCGAGACGCAGGUGCUGGUUCGCAUCCAUGCCGUCUCUCUCAACGCCCGCGACCUUCAGAUCGCCACGGGCACCUACCCUGCUCCGGUCGCCUUUCCCUCGGGCCUGGUACCCCUCUCGGACGGAGCAGGAGAAGUACUGGCAACGGGCAGCCGCGUCGAGACGUGCAAACCAGGCGACCGCGUAGUCACCCACCUCUGCGCCGAGUGGACCCACGGCGAAAUCGGUAAUCAGAUGCAACAGACUGCCUUGGGCGGCGGCAAGGACGGCGUCUUUGCUCAGCACGUCGUCCUGGACCAGGGAAACCUCCUUCCCAUUCCUUCGCACAUGAGCUACGAAGAGGCCUCGACGCUGCCAGUGGCCGCCUUGACUGCCUACCACUGCCUCUUUGGCUUUGCCUCGACCCUGCAACCCGGACAGGCGAUCCUGGUCGAGGGCACCGGCGGCGUCUCGCUCGCCGCUCUCCAGCUGGCACUGGCCGCCGGCGCCCGACCCAUCGUCAUCUCGUCGUCCGACGACAAGCUGCAGAGGUGCAAGCAGAUGGGCGUCGCCCAGAGCGACCUCAUCAACUACCGCACCAACCCCAUGUGGCACGACGAGGUGCGCCGACUGACGCAGGGCAAGGGCGUCGACCAUACCAUUGAAAUCGGCGGCAGGGACACGCUCGUCAAGGCCACGCUCGCCACGCGCCCCUAUGGCAGCGUGUGGGUGGUGGGCUACAUGGACGACUACAAGACGCCCUCGUCAUCGACUUCGGAGCUUCCCGACAUGGCCAAGGCGGUCCUCUACAGCCAGGCCGAGGUCAAGGGCGUCAUGUGCGGAAGCUAUCAGCUCUUCCAGCAGUUCCUCGCCGCCCACGCCGUCGCACACCAGCGGGUCGAGAGCGGCCUGGCAAAGACCAACUGGCUGCAGCCCGUCGUCGAUCAGGUCUUCGACUUCAACGACGCCAAACAGGCCUUCGAGACGCUCAGGAGCGGCAGUUUCUUUGGCAAGAUUGUCGUCAGGGUUCAGCAGUGA